AGGCAAAAACAUAAAAGAAAUGAAAAGAACAGCUCAGGCAAUACUCAGAUAUAAAAUGAUUGAUUCUUUUAUUUGUUUGCUCAAACUGCCAUGGCUUUCCUGAAACAUUGCCUCAGCCUCUGUGCUCUUCUGCACUGCUUGCUUUCUCUGUUGCAUUUAGUGAACGGUGAAGUUGAUUUAGAAGAGCUUUUCAAAGGCUUUAACAUCUACAAAAACUCACAAAGCCAGUUGUAUCUCAACAAAAACUCCAAAGCACAAUGUAUAGCAGAACAAAUCGCGAAGAAAUUGUACAACCAACUGCCUUGCAGUCGAACCAUCGACGGUGACGCCCUUUUGCCAUCGAACCAAAGCCAACUUCCAUUGUUCACUCAUUACUCAAGAAAGUGCCAAGUUAACCUCAAUCAUACACUAGAUGCUGUUAUUUUACCCAUAUACGUGCCUAACUCAGAAGCUGAGCUUGUGCUUGCUGGCUGCAAACAUUCUCAGGCUUCAAAGUACUUGGGUAAUACAACUUAUACAAGGGUAGGCCUUGCAAAAAAUAAAGAUUGUUUGGUGAUUGCUUUGGGUACUGAUGCACUUGGUGGAAGCUAUUCUGCUGGUGUCUCUCGGAUUCAAAAUAUCGGUCGGGUUUAUUGCUUGGGAUUUAUUGUUUUCGGGGUCAUUUCUUUGUUUUGGUGAGGAUCAAUAGCGCUUGUUUCCUUUCAUCUCCUACAUGUUACGAUUUACGUUCAAUGAACGUAACAAGGAGUCAUGUAAUGCAGUACACCUUCACUUUAUACAAUAUGGAACAGCUUGAAGAAUUUA